UGAAGCAGUCUGAUUCACAAUGUGCAGCAAGCGAUCUAAAAGAGACUGCCCCGGCUCCACAGAGAUGCUCACUCCAUCACUUUGCCGUGACCGUGUAACUACAUCGGGGAGGAUGCUCUUGUGAAGUGUGUUGUGUAUGUACCGGAGAGGACACCGAUCCAGAAGCCAUGGCUAAAAUCAGAGUGGCUUAUGAGUACUCUGAAGCGGAGGAUAAAAGCAUCCGACUGGGUCUAUUCCUGAUCAUCUCCGGGGUAGUGUCGCUCUUUAUACUGGGCUUCUGUUGGCUUAACCCGGCUCUGCAGGAUCUGCAAGGCAAGACAGCCAACUGCACGGUGCUGUCGGUGCAACAGAUCGGGGAGACGUUCGAGUGCACUUUCACCUGCGGGAGCGACUGUAAGGGCACCUCUCUGUACCCCUGCCUGCAGAUCUAUGUGAAUAACUCCGAAUCCAACUCCAGGGCACUGCUACACCAGGACGAGCAACAGCUCAUCAGCAACCCCAAGUGUUCGUACAUUCCUCCAUGCGAGAGAGAAAACCAGAAGAAUUCUGACAAUGUUCUGCACUGGCAGGAGUACUGGAGUAAUGAAAUUGGAUUUCAGCCGUUCACCUGUUACUUUAAUCAACACAGAAGGCCAGAGGAUGUGCUUCUGAGGCGUACCCAUGAUGAGAAUGUUCUUCUACAUUGUUUCCUGUGGCCACUUGUUACUUUUAUGGUGGGAGUACUGAUUGUGGUGCUCACCAUCUGUGCAAGAAGCCUCGCCGUCAAAGCGGAAGCUAUCCAAAAAAGAAAAUAUUCCUAGAGGGAAAAAUACAAAAUCUGAAAACUUCAGUUGUAACCAAAACCCCAAUAUACCUAUAGCCCUCUUGUUGCUUCUUCAUCAUGGUUUUCUGAACUUGGUUAUCUGAAGAUGAGAGGUUAAUAAAGGAAUAUUUUUUCAGGCUCCUUUUGAAGAACUGAGUCCGGUGAAACCAGGCCAGAAAAUGUCAGCACUGAAGCAAAUAUAUCAGGAGUUAUGGAAAGGACUCACACUUGGCCAAGUUUAAAGUGAGGCGGUCUUAAAGAAAGUUUCAUUUCACCUUUGCGAUAAAGUAUUUUUUAUUUGGUAUAUAAAAUUUCAAUCAAAAGAUAUCAGUUUAUUUUGUAUCAUGUAAUUCUAAAAUAUUAAAGUGUGCUUUUUUUAUGUCCUAUGUCUGUAAUGUUACAGAAUUUAAUUUAAUUAUGUUACUCACCGGUUUACAGCUCAUCUUAAAGGGUAAUACUCUAUUACAAUCCUAAUUAAAGAAAUUAAAUAUAGUGGGGGGGGGAGUCCAAGGGGUAUAUGACCUGGGUGUUGCCUAUAGUCCUUUUGCCUACACAUCGUAUUUUUUGAACAGGGUCGACCUCAUAUGCUAAUAUGCACAUAUACUUAUCCUUUUUAAAACUUCUUUACAACAUUUUUAAAAGAGGGAUACGUUUCUCUAAGCAGAUGUGAACAUAAACCCAACCACUUGUAAGUGUCUUCAUGAGUGAUUUUUAUUUCUAUAUGUAAUUAAAAGUCAGUAAGAACAAGUAUGUAGUAUUUAUUUACACAAGAUAAUGCACAGUAUGUGCUUAUUUAUUAUGCUUAUGAAUUGAAUUGCCAUCGAGCACAUCGGAUACAGUAAGCUCUUAAUAACUAGAUGAGAAUUGUGUGACUCUAGGUUAUUAGGCAAAUAAAUAACAAAUAAGUAAUUAAUAAUAAAAUGGCCCCAUUCUAACACAAGUUGUGGGUUUAACUGGUCCUGUGGAUAUACUAUUGUGUUAUAAGAAGGUGACAGAUUUUUGUGUAACUGUGCUUACAUUAUGCCAAAACUUCCAUGUGUACUCCGAUCCCUGUCUCCUGAUCACCGUGGUCAGCUACAGUGGAAGUCACACUGCGACAAAAUAAUAAGCAUAAGGAACCCAGUGAUGUCAUCAUUUUCAUCAUCAAAUGGUAACCUCUAGAUAUAAGAAUACACUCACGUGGAUCGAUCUUUAGACAUAUUGCAUUGAGAAAUUAAAAAUAAUAAUAGAAGAGUGAUAAAAAAAAUUAAUAAAAGUGUAAAAUUGGAAAGAA